AUGGUUAGGAGCAGUUUUGAAGCAAACGAUUGCACCGCUGUAAAUAUUUAUAGAACAGAAGUUCCAUCUCUUGUUGAAAAUGGAACAGAAUUUGUUAUUCUGGACUGCCAGUACAACAUUCCAACAGUGGCACCUCUAGGUCUUGUGGUGAAGUGGUUCUUUAACGGAACUUCUGGCUUAGUCUACCAGUGGAUACCACCUUUGAAGCCUCAGGUUAUCGGAUUGCUUAAGGGCAAAGUUGACUUAAAUUUUAAAAUUUCAGAGGAACCCUUACAAGCAUAUCGUGCUAUUAAAAUACUGAAACCCUCAACAGAUCUCAGUGGAAUGUAUACUUGUGUAGUAUCAACUUUCCUGGAGGAAGACCGUCAAACUCGGUGUAUGCUUAUAUAUAGUUCUGGAAAAAAUUUUCAAUUUACACAAGAGAAGAAAUAUGUAUUUUUAGUGACUCUUAUAUGUGGUGCAGAGGACUUGUACCCUAAACCAGAAAUAAUAAUAUCGGCAAGAGGGAAACCUCUUACUCCAGCUGUUUCGGAGAUAAAAAUGAACUCAUGGGGAUUGUACUCUUUGAUAACAAAAGUAGUCGUACACGACGACGACGUCUUUGAACCGUACGAGGAAUACACGUGUACUCUCAGGCUGCCAUUAGCCAAUUACACAGCCAACCGAACUACAGUGUAUUAUCCUGGUAUGAUGCCUACUCCAGAUACUACUUAUGAAGUCUUUGAAAUUCAACGGCCACAAGAGAGACUAGCAAAUGGUAACAUUCUUUUGUCAAGAAAUUUUCAACUACAACUAAUCGUCGCGCUUCUUUCAGCUCGCCAAAUAAUAACGCAUCCUCCUAUUUGAAAUUGUUUACUGUUUAUUUGUUUAAUACAUUAACCAGUCACAUUUUGUAGUUUCCUUUAUA